AGAGAUUUUAUAAUUUGAUCUUCAGAUUUUGAUGGUAUCAGAGUGUGAAUGUGAUAAGUUCCGAGCCUUGUGCAUUUGUGGGACCCGUCUCACGAGUGCACGGCGUCUGUCGUGUCUCGAAAUUGGGUUUUGGGGCAUGACAGAUUCAGUGGUAUCAGAGCUUAGGUUGAAAUUAAGAGCUCAGGUUUAAAUUAAGAGCUUAGGAUUAAGUUAAGCACCUCCAAAUUGAGUGGCAUCAAAGCAGAUUGAGUGGUAUCAGAACAUUGAUUUAAUUGAAUACCUAGGUUUAAUUGAAUACCUAGGAUUUGUUUUGGACUUGGCUAGCCAAUGGAUGUUAGAAUGUGGUGAGACGAGUGAUGGGGUUAUAUAAGGGACGAUUCUGAUUCCUGUUGCCUGAAUUUUGUAAUCCAUUUUGAUGAGAUGAUAAUCUGAUUGUUCUUGUUUCCUGCCUUUAUAUACCCUGUGUAGAUCCAUGAGAUUAAUCUUGCCUGUUAUGUCCUGAAGACCUUGUUUUGAAACUUGGUCAUUUUCUGAUAGUUUGCACUUGUUUAGACUUGUUACGUGAAUAGAAUUUUUGUAUGCUCUUUUGCCACAAUGUUGAAAUCUAGGGAGUUGUAGAGAUCUUUUGUUAUUGACUCUGUUGGUCUCUACCACAUAGCUGGUUGAGAAAUUUGUUCUGUUUGUCACAUGACCAGUGGAGGAUGGGUAAACCCUCUACUUUGCAAGAGAUUCAAGGCUAUUUUAGCCAAUGUUGUGUGUUUUUCUAGAUGUGUUUUAAGAGCUGGAUAACUUGGUAAUUUCGUUGCUCAUGAUCUUUCUGAAAGUCUUAUAGUGAAGUUUCACUUUUUUUCCAUUUGGAGCUUCAUGGUCUUUUCAUGUGGCUCAUUUUUCUAUAUUGGUUAAUCAAGAACAGUGAUCAUUCAAUUGAAAUUGUUGUCUCUUUGUGAAGAUUGGCAAACUGUCAUAAAGUUAAACUCUAUUGUUGCCAAUCUCUACAUUCUUGAUAUCUGGAAAUUGCUUGAAACUCUUGAAAUCCAUCUUGAAUCUUUCUUGAUAUUGCUUUGUACUUGUUCUUGAAACUGAAAUCUGGAAAUGGAUAAUGAUUAUUGGAAUCCUCAUUAUCUUGAUACUUGUCUGAAAUUAAUUCUUGCACUGUCU